CUUCAUUCCAAAUAUCCUCCAUUUCUUCUCUGUAUUUUCUGUAUUUGGUCUCUUCUAAUCUCUUCUAUUCUCCAACAUUCAUUUCCAUCGUUUCUCCACAAUCCAAAACAGUACCAAAAAGAAUCCAUUUUUACCAAGUCCAACCCUGUUUCAUCCUCAUUUAUUCUACUGCAUAUUGUUAUCAAUACGAGUCACUGUGUUUGCCUCCAGCCAUUUGGCAAAGUAUUGAUCUUUGAUCUUGUUGAUCUUAAAGGCCCAAGAACCAUUCUGAUUCUUUCCCUGUUUCAAGUUUUCAGAUUCUGGGUUUCACUCAAUUUCGAUUUUCCAGAGAUUGGUUUUGAUCCUUAUUGAUUGGAUGCUAGUGUUCUUCAGCUCCAACUCUAUCACGUGCAAGUUGCAGGAUCUGUAUAUCUUUCUGCUUAUAUACAAGUUCAUGCAAAUUUGAGCUUUAAUACAUGCUUCCAUCAGUUCCAUGUCAAUCUUCUGUGGGGUUCCCAUCAUUGAGUCUGUAUACUGUCUGGCAUGUGCUCGUUGGGUGUGGUUAAAAUGCCUUUACACGGCAGGCCGUGAGAGUGAAAACUGGGGUCUAGCCACUGCUGAAGAGUUUGAGCCCAUCCCUCGCUAUUGCCGCCUAAUCUUAUCUGUUUAUGAGGAUGAUCUUUGCAACCCUAUGUUUGCACCUAUUGGAGGGUAUGGUAUUGACCCUGGUUGGGUAGUCCUACGAAAAGACUAUGAAGAAACACUUGGCCGAGUUCCUCCUUACAUUGUCUAUCUUGAUCAUGAUAAUUAUGAUAUAGUCUUGGUGGUUAGGGGACUCAAUAUGGCCAAGGAAAGUGAUUAUUUAGUAAUGCUUGAUAACAAACUUGGGCAGACAAAAUUUGAUGGUGGAUAUGUCCACAAUGGGUUAUUGAAGGCAGCAGAGUGGCUGUUUGAUGCAGAGUGUGAGUUUCUGAGGGAAUUGGUAUUGAAAAAUCCAGAGUAUACCCUGACAUUUGUUGGACAUUCCCUGGGCUCUGGUGUGGUGGCAUUGCUGACUCUGGUAGCGCUUCAGAACAGGAGCAAAUUAGGAAUUGUUGACAGGAGAAAAAUUAGAUGCUAUGCGACAGCUCCAGCUAGAUGUAUGUCACUGAAUCUGGCCGUGAGAUAUGCAGAUGUUAUCAAUUCUGUUGUACUCCAGGACGAUUUCUUACCUCGGACAACAACUUCUUUAUCGGAUUUAUUCAAAUCACUUUUCUGUUUGCCAUGUGUAUUGUGUGUGACGUGCCUGAAGGAUACAUGCACACUUGAGAGGAUGUUUACAGAUCCAACGCGACUCUAUGCACCUGGUCGACUCUAUCACAUUGUUGAGCGGAAGCCCUUUAGAUUAGGAAGGUUGCCCCCAGUUGUGAGAACAGCAGUUCCUGUCGAUGGGAGAUUUGAGCAAGUAGUUCUUUCUUGCCAUGCUACUACCGACCAUGCAAUCGUCUGGAUUGAGAGGGAAUCACAAAAGGCUUUUAAUAUAAUGAUGGAAAGAGAUCGAAUGAUGGAUGUGCCACCAAAGCAGAGGAUGGAGAGAAAAGAGUCCCUUGUUAGUGCACAAAGCCAGGAGCAUGAGGCAGCACUUCGGAAAGCUGUAGCUUUGGAAAUCCCUCAUGCAUUCUCAACUUCACCAUACGGAACAUUUACACUGAGUGAAAAAGAAGAGGCGGGGAACUCUGGCAUAUCCAGUGCGGGGAGUCCAUCUGAGCCACUAAAGAAAAGGAGUGAAAGUUGGCAUGACUUCGUAGAGCGGCUAUUCGAUGUGGAUGAGUCUGGUAACAUCAUGGUAAAAAAGUCAUAACUUGCCGGGAGAAGUAUAGAGCGCAUGUCCUCUAUUGAUUGUGAGGUGAGGCAGUACACCAAUAGUGAAGUUGUACAUGCCAUCAUCAACUGUACAAAAGCUCAGUGAUUCUUACAACGUUUAAUAGAAAUAAGAAAUACUUUCCUGAACAUAGUAAUUUCUAGGUGCAUUCAACAUGAUUACGAAAAUUACAGUACAUGGCUCUUUUACAUU